CCGACAUGUCGGACCCCAACUUGUGGACGGUGCUCUCCAACUUCACGCUGCCGCACCUGCGCGGCGGCAGCCGCCUGCGCCGCACGCAGAGCUGUAGAACAAGCAACAGGAAGAGUUUGAUGGGCAAUGGCCAGUCUCCAGCCCUGCCUCGACCUCAUUCACCUCUCUCGGCUCAUACAGGAAACAGUCCUCAAGAUAGCCCGAGAAACUUCUCUCCCAGUGCCUCAGCCCACUUCUCUUUUGCACGAAGGACUGAUGGUCGCCGCUGGUCUCUGGCUUCGCUCCCUUCUUCUGGCUAUGGUACAAAUACACCCAGCUCAACUGUGUCUUCAUCCUGUUCCUCUCAAGAGAAGCUACACCAGUUACCAUACCAGCCAACGCCAGAUGAACUACAUUUUUUAUCUAAACAUUUCUGUACCACUGAAAGCAUCGCCAGUGACAGCAGAUGCAGGACCACUCCACUGCGUCCUCGGUCCAGAAGCCUCAGCCCUGGACGUUCUCCUGCCUGCUGUGACAAUGAAAUAAUAAUGAUGAACCAUGUCUACAAAGAAAGGUUCCCAAAGGCCACAGCUCAGAUGGAAGAACGACUUCAGGAUAUCAUAACAAACCAUUCUCCAGAUAACGUCCUUCCCCUGGCAGACGGAGUGCUCAGUUUUACCCACCAUCAGAUCAUAGAACUGGCUCGAGACUGCUUGGAUAAAUCCCACCAGGGCCUCAUCACGUCACGAUACUUCCUUGAAUUACAGCAGAAAUUAGACAAAUUACUCCAGGAGGCUCAAGAGCGAUCAGAGAGUGGAGAACUGGCAUUUAUUAAGCAACUGGUUCGAAAGAUCCUGAUAGUUAUUGCUCGUCCUGCUCGCUUAUUGGAAUGUCUGGAAUUUGAUCCUGAGGAGUUUUACUAUCUUCUGGAAGCAGCUGAAGGCCAUGCUAAAGAGGGGCAAGGUAUUAAAACAGACAUUCCUCGAUACAUUAUUAGCCAGCUGGGCUUAAAUAAAGAUCCGCUGGAAGAAAUAGCUCAGCUAGCUAACUAUGACAAUGGAACAGCAGAGACUCCAGAAAUGGAUGAAUCCAUGAGUAGCUCUAAUACCUCACUGAAGCUGCGGAGAAAACCUCGGGAAAGCGAUUUUGAAACAAUUAAGCUGAUUAGUAAUGGAGCUUAUGGCGCUGUGUAUUUUGUGAGACAUAAGGAAACCAGACAAAGAUUUGCCAUGAAGAAAAUUAACAAGCAGAAUCUCAUCCUCCGAAACCAGAUCCAACAGGCUUUCGUUGAGCGGGAUAUCUUGACAUUUGCAGAAAAUCCAUUUGUUGUCAGCAUGUAUUGCUCCUUUGAAACGAGACGCCAUUUAUGUAUGGUCAUGGAAUAUGUAGAAGGUGGUGACUGUGCUACUUUGAUGAAGAAUAUGGGUCCCUUACCUGUGGACAUGGCAAGGAUGUACUUUGCAGAGACUGUUCUGGCCUUGGAAUACCUCCAUAAUUACGGAAUUGUGCACAGGGAUUUGAAACCAGACAAUUUGUUGGUAACGUCCAUGGGCCAUAUAAAGCUUACAGACUUUGGCCUCUCUAAGGUGGGGCUAAUGAGUUUGACUACCAAUCUGUAUGAGGGUCACAUUGAGAAGGAUGCCAGAGAAUUCCUUGACAAACAAGUCUGUGGUACACCUGAAUAUAUAGCUCCUGAAGUAAUCCUGAGGCAGGGUUAUGGAAAGCCAGUGGACUGGUGGGCUAUGGGAAUCAUCCUUUAUGAAUUUCUUGUUGGCUGCGUGCCAUUCUUUGGAGAUACACCAGAGGAGCUGUUUGGACAAGUAAUCAGUGAUGAAAUCAACUGGCCUGAAAAGGAUGAAGCGCCCCCUCCAGAUGCCCAGGAUCUGAUUACCCUGCUGCUCAGGCAAAACCCCUUGGAAAGACUGGGAACAGGUGGUGCCUAUGAAGUAAAGCAGCAUCAGUUCUUCCGCAGCCUGGACUGGAAUAGUCUGCUGAGGCAGAAAGCAGAAUUUAUUCCCCAGCUGGAGUCUGAGGAUGACACGAGUUAUUUUGACACUCGUUCGGAGAAAUACCAUCACAUGGAAACUGAGGAAGAAGAUGAUACAAAUGAUGAAGAUUUUAAUCUGGAAAUUAGACAGUUUUCCUCAUGUUCACACAGGUUUUCAAAAGUUUUUAGUAGCAUAGAUCGAGUUGCUCAAAUACAAGGUGAAGAAAAAGAAGAUGCAGGUGACAAAAUAAAAAGUGUAACAUUGCCUUCUGUGGAAUCUUUAAGCUGGAGUUCAGAAUAUUCUGAAAUCCAACAAAUAUCCACCUCCAUCUCCUCUGAUACUGAGAGCAGCCGUCAGCGCCACAGUUCUGGUUUGCUCCCCAAACUGGCCAUAUCGGCCGAGGGAGAACAGGAUGAUCCCACCUGCCUAGCAGGACCCCGGGAGGAGCAGGAAAAAGCUGCGUUUGUGAGUGAGGAAACGGUGCAAGAUGAGCCCGAGGUAACCACUCCAGCAAGCACUAUCAGCAGCUCCACGCUCUCAGUUGGCAGUUUUUCAGAGCACUUAGAUCAGAUAAAUGGAAGAAGUGAGAGUGUGGACAGUGCAGACAACUCCUCAAAGCCGCCCGGGGAGGUUGCUUCUCAUAUGGCUCGUCAGCGAUUGGAAAGCACAGAGAAAAAGAAGAUUUCUGGAAAAGUCACCAAGUCCCUUUCUGCAAGUGCUUUAUCCCUCAUGAUCCCAGGAGAAGUGUUUGGCAUUUCUCCGUUGGGAAGCCCUAUGUCUCCUCAUUCCUUGUCAUCGGAUCCUUCAUCCUCGCGAGAUUCCUCUCCUAGCCGUGAUUCCUCAAUUGCUGCUGCAAGUCCCCAUCAGCCCAUAGUGAUCCACAGCUCAGGCAAGAAGUACGGCUUUACCAUCCGAGCCAUCCGGGUUUACGUGGGCGAUAGCGACGUCUACACUGUGCAUCAUAUUGUUUGGAAUGUGGAAGAAGGAAGUGCAGCAUAUCAAGCAGGAUUAAAAGCUGGGGAUCUGAUUACUCAUAUCAACGGCGAGCCAGUACAUGGGCUUGUUCAUACAGAAGUCAUUGAGCUGUUAUUAAAGAGCGGUAACAAAGUGUCCAUUACUACGACCCCCUUUGAGAACACUUCGAUCAAGACAGGGCCUGCGAGGAGAAAUAGCUACAGGAGCCGAAUGGUGAGGCGCAGUAAGAAAACCAAGAAGAAAGAGAGUUUAGAGAGGAGGAGAUCUCUCUUUAAAAAGCUGGCCAAGCAGCCCUCUCCCCUGCUCCACACCAGCAGAAGUUUCUCCUGCCUGAACCGGUCGCUUUCAUCGGGAGAGAGCUUGCCAGGGUCUCCAACUCACAGUUUGUCUCCCAGGUCGCCUACCCCAAGCUAUCGCUCCACUCCUGAUUUCCCGUCUGGUACCAAUUCUUCCCAGAGCAGCUCGCCGAGUUCAAGUGCUCCCAACUCUCCAGCUGGCUCGGGACACAUCAGACCCAGCACCCUGCACGGCUUGGGCCCCAAGCUCGGCGGGCAGAGGUACCGGUCGGGCCGGCGCAAGUCGGCCGGCAGCAUUCCCCUCUCGCCGCUGGCACGAACCCCUUCUCCCACCCCGCAGCCCACGUCGCCGCAGCGAUCUCCCUCCCCGCUGCUGGGGCAUUCCAUUGGGAACACAAAAAUAGCUCAGAGCUUCCCCAGCAAAAUGCACUCCCCUCCGACUAUUGUGAGGCAUAUUGUCAGGCCCAAGAGCGCCGAGCCACCCAGGUCUCCCCUGUUAAAGAGAGUCCAGUCUGAAGAGAAACUUGCGCCCUCUUACGGCAGUGAUAAGAAACACUUAUGUUCACGGAAACACAGUCUGGAAGUGACUCAGGAGGAAGUGAACAGAGAGAUGUCCCAAAGAGAAGUAAUCCUUCAGAGCUUGGAGGAGAACGUGUGUGAUGUACCGUCCCUCACGCGGGUCAGGCCUGCAGAGCAGGGCUGCUUGAAACGCCCCAUCUCCCGAAAAUUAGGUAGGCAGGAAUCCAUUGAUGAGUUGGACAGAGAGAAACUGAAGGUCAAGAUUGUUAUGAAAAAGCAAGAUUUUGCUGAAAAAUCAAGCAAAAUACAUGAACCUUCCUGUGAGCCAGAAAAUCCCAAUCUCACUACCUUCAGAUUGGAAGAAAGGGACAAAAAGGCAUUUCAGAAGGUUUUAGAAAGAUCAAACCAGUUUGAAACAAAAAUUGUUACUCUGGAGACUCAGUCAGCUGGUGGCAUACUCAAAGACACCCUUCAAAAGAAUGCAAACUUAAGAUCAAAUGACUGUGUUGCUUUAGAUGCACAGAUGUUGUGUCAUGGGUCUCCGCUUAAUGAACUCAGUCACAUUUCUUAUGACUUCAAAAGAAUUUCCCCACCGUGUACACUGCAAGAUGCGCUACCUCAGUCCUCUGACAGAACACUAAAUGGAAAGGGAGAAAAUACAGAUAAAAAUGUAUCAGCAAAAGAAUUUGUCAAAUUUGAAAGAUUAGAUGGUAAGCUUGCAAAUAUUGAUUAUCUUAGGAAGAAAAUGUCCUUUGAAGAAAAAGAUGACAGUGUUUGUCCAGUGCUAAAACCCAAACUGACUUCAAGUGUUCAUGAAUGCUUUCAGCUUAAUACAGUCAGACCCAUAAACAUGCAACAGGAUGGCACUACGGUUGCUGAUGGGAGAGCAUUUCUCAGCAGUGCCCACGCUGCUCAGAUUAGCUCUGUUUCUUUCGUCCCUCUCAAAGCUUUGAAUGUCCGAGUGGAAGCUAAUGUUGAAAAAUCAACCCUUGUUUCCACCGAGUCUCCUGUCAGAAAAAGUCCAUCAGAAUAUAAAUUGGAUGGCAGAUCUGUUUCCUGUUUGAAGCCAAUAGAAGGAACACUGGACAUUGCCUUACUUUCUGGGCCACAGGCUUCAAAGUCUGAAGUGCCUCCGUGUGUACUGCCAGAAGGGCAGAGUACUAGCAGUGAUGGGGCAUCUCCUAAGCUCCCCUUAGCCCAAGGGGGUGCUGAGCAGGUAGAGCUGGACAGUCAGAAAGAGCAGCUGUUAAGCUAUUCAAAGUCUAGCAAAGCCACCGUGCUAGAGCCCCAGUUUCUACAAGCAAGCAGAAGUUCUCAAAAUCCAUCAGCCACCCCUGUCACUGCUCAAGUAGUGACAGAGAAGAAGGUCCCUAGUGGAGCUGCUAAAGGCAACGUUUCUGAAGCUGUCCAAAGGAAAGACACUUUGCCUUCAAAACAAAAGGACAAUUCUGUGGAGGUUAAGUCAUGUGCUAUUCAGAGUCAGAGUCUUAAAACUACCCAGACAUGUUCCAAGCUUUCUACUGUCCAAAGCACUCCUGAAAAAGCUGUAGAAAAAGAGAAGCAAACACAGAAAGAGUUGCCUGCCAGACAGCCAGUAGCCCAGAGAAAUUAUGAACCUGUCCCUGCAAAGGUAGAGGUGGUCAGGGAGUCUUCUCUGAAGGUGUCCGUCUCGAAUGUCCUGACAAGCAGUUAUGCCAAAACCAAUGAAAAAUAUUCUGUUGACUUGGCCAUUCCACCUCAGAUGCAAGGCAAAGUGCAGGCAGCUGGUCCCAAGGCACAGCCUAAGGAUAGCAGAGAUGCACUGAAGGAUGGCAGAGAUGCUCUGAAACAGCCAGGCAAAGAUGAGGUCACCGCUGCAAGUAGCUCUGUAGAGAGGGACAUAAAGCAGAAGAUUUUCAGCGAGUCCAAGAAAGUUAUUGCUGAGUCCAAGAGUGAAACCGUUCCAUCCAAACGGCCUCUGCAAUCUUCAGCAGACUGUGAUCCUAAAAAUGAGAAGCUUGCGCUGUGCCCUUCUAUACUGAAGGACAACUCCAGAGAUUUGGGAAAGAAGGAUCAGAAGCAGCCCAGCGAAAUUCGGCUGCAGGCUCCUGAGAGAGAGCUGGCCAACCACACUCCUCAGCAGCAACUUAAUGCCUCAGGCUCCCCUGCAGUGAAAGAGCCUGCAAGCAGAAACUGUGCUGUGGAUGUUCGUGUGGAGCACGUGAAGCCUGCUGCUGCUGCCACCUGUGUGCUGGAAAGCAGCAGUAAUAAAUUCAGGCCUGUCUCUGAUAAUAGUUCCUCCAAGCCUAAGCACUCAGAUAAACAGACUUUUUCACAAAAAACAUGCACUCCGACUGUAAAAGAAAAAGAUACAAUUAUUCAGGUGUCUGCCAGCUCCCGGAAAGAUGGAAAAGGUGCCAGUAAAAAUGUGCAAGAUACUUCUGUUGUUUCAGGCUCUCUGAGAAAAACGAGCAGUGAACAUGUUCUGGCCGAAAGGCCUCUGGGUUUGGAACCUGGGUCAGUAUCCACCCUUCCAAUGAGUAGCAUCGCUCCUGAAACCAAACCCAGAUCCUGUGCGGGUGGCCUGGCACCAGCAGGCCCAGGGAGUUCUAAGCUAAUGCAAAGGCAGGAACCGGCAGGCUUGGCGGAAUCUGCUGAUCAAAAGCAUCUUCACCUCAGUGAAAAACAGACUGUGUCUCCAAAGUUUCCCACUGUGAAAGACACUCUGCUGCUGAGCAAAGAGGUAGAGAGAAGCCCUAGUAACCAGACGAUCUCGGCAGACAAAAAACCCGAAGGAAAAAUAUGCACUGACGCACUUUAUGUUCAACGUGACAGUGGGAAAGUAGAGCCUUCCCCUUGCCUCACGAGCUGCGAUGCCAGGGGGAAAGGAGCAGAAAAAGUAACCACAAGUAGCAAAAGCUGCCAAGAUGCAAAAGGGAAAGGCCACGUUAAUCAGAAACAGCCAGAGGACGUGAUCAAGCCUGUGGCAAGCAAACAUUCUUCGGCUGCCAUGGGGCAGAGCUCUUGCCGUGCGGCCGCAGCGCCGGGAAAGCCGCCGACUUCUUCAGCCAACCCGCCCGAGUGCAGACAAGAAGCAUCCUCCUCAUCCUCAGCCAAGAGCGAUGCAGCUGCAGCGAAGGCCAAGGCAGCCUCCCCUGAACCUCCUGCAGCCACCUGCAAAGAACUGAGUAAGAAAAGCCCCUCUUCCAUAGCAAGUGGCAAGACAGGAAUGACCAAAAGUAUUUCACUGGUGACCUUGCACAGUGCCACUGUUGCAGUCGAAGCCCACCAGGCUGCUUCAAACCUUGGGGGGAAGCCUGGAAAUCAAGACAGGUCUUUCUCUGUUAGCACUGUGGAUGUAAAGGGAAAAGAUGCUGUGCAGGCUCAGCCUUCUGCUCCAAGAAAACAGACCGUAGGUAAAGAUUUACCCAGGUCAGCAACCACCCCUGAGCGCCCCAACGCACUUUGCAGCGACAAGGACUCGGCGCGGCAGCGGCGAGGAAAGGACGCUCUGCGGAGCAGUCCUCACAAAAAGUCCUCUUGACUCUAGUACCUGCCAGAUGGGACUUCAAGACUGGCUGGAAACAUGGCAGUGUGUUCUGACUACCUUCAAACCAGCACUGUGUGGUGUCCUUGUGCAGCAAAGCUUUCGUGUCACUGAAGCAAGGGGACAGAGGAGUUGUCUUUCAAAAUGCCUUCCCAAAUGUAACCGGUAAAACUGUUACCAUAUAGUGUUUGUAUAAAAAAUAUCUUUACAACUGAGAACUGUUGAAGAAAAAUUUCCUCUGUAAAUACCUGGUGAUGUGUUUGGGGUUUGAAUGUAGCAUAUAUAUACCUUGCUGCUGAUCGCAUUGUUUACUCUCCCCCUUUUUUAAGAUAGUUGCUUUGCCACUUAUUUGCCAUAGUCGAAUAUGGAAACUACUAAAAUUACUCAGACCUGGCAUGGACAUGCUUGUACAAACGUUGGUCUGACUGGAAAACAGAAAUAUGCCACAU